CGUUUUAAAAAAGGCCCUUUCCUUUUUGAACAGUCGACACGGCGGUCUAACAGCGAGAAAUGUCAGGAAUGGAGCAGCUUUGCAAACUUUUCGUUGGCGGUCUGAACGUCCAAACAACAAAUGAUGGCCUCCGCGCUCAUUUUGAACAGUACGGGGCACUCACGGACUGCGUGGUGGUCCAAAACGAUCAACUUCAGCGGUCCCGUUGUUUCGGCUUCGUAACUUACUCCUCAGCAGAGGAGGCCGAUGCAGCAAUGGCCGCUAGGCCACAUGUUGUAGACGGUAAAAACGUGGAGCUGAAGAGAGCCGUGGCUCGGGAAGACGCGGGAAAGCCCGAAGCUCUUGCAAAAGUCAAGAAAAUAUUCGUCGGGGGCCUAAAAGAGAACAUCGAAGAGAACGACCUCACCGAUUAUUUCUCGCAGUUCGGCAUGAUCGAGAAAGCCGAAGUCAUCACUGACAAAGACACCGGCAAGAAGCGCGGGUUCGGCUUUGUUCACUUCGAAGAUAACGACUCUGCCGAUAAGGCCGUCGUGCUCAAGUUCCACAUGAUCAACGGAAACAAAGUGGAAGUAAAGAAGGCGCUGACGAAACAAGAGAUCCAGGCCGCCGGUGGAGCUCGGGGCGGCAGGGGGAGAGGAGGAGGAAGAGGAAUGGGGCGGAAUCAAAAUGGCUUCGGCGGCGGGAGAGGAGGAUACGGCAGCUACGGUGGUGGCUAUGGCGGAGGCUACGGCAGCAGUGAUGGCGGCUACGGCGGUGGCUAUGGAAGCGGAGGCUACGGAGGAGGUUACGGGGCUGGAUAUGGAGGAGGCUACAGCGAUCAGAUGGGAGGCUAUGGCGGUGGUAACGGCUACAGUGACUUUGGCGGCGGAUACGGCCAACAGUCCUCCGGCUACGGGCCCAUGAAGAGUGGAAGCACGUACGCCGGAAGGAGUGGAGCCCCGUACCCUCGUGGUGGCGGCGGUGGUGGUCCUGGUUACGGCAGGGGUGGCUACGGUGGUGACCCCAGAUGCUGGACUCUGCCCACAUCAACUGUGGCCAUGGAGUUCGUUUCUUCCGUUGCAUGUGAUCUCCGUCAGUUGUACGUCCAUUGCAAGAAAAUGACUAACCAGCUUUGUAAACUAUUUGUUGGCGGCCUGAACGUCCAAACAACCGACGAAGGCUUGCGGGCACAUUUUGAACAAUAUGGACAGCUGACCGACUGCGUGGUGGUGAUGAACCAGCCACUGCAACGCUCCCGCUGCUUCGGCUUCGUAACGUACUCGAGCGUUGAGGAAGCAGACGCCGCCAUGGCUGCUAGGCCUCAUGUCGUGGAUGGCAACAACGUGGAUCUGAAACGCGCGGUGGCCCGGGAAGACGCUGGUAGACCAGAGGCGCUAGCCAAGGUCAAGAAAAUAUUUGUCGGGGGAUUGAAAGACGACAUCGAGGAUGAACACCUCCAAGAUUAUUUCUCCCAGUUCGGUGCUAUCGAGAAAGCUCAGGUAAUCACCGACAAAGACACUGGGAAAAAGCGAGGCUUCGGCUUUGUUUACUUUGAAGACAACGAUUCUGCCGAUAAAGCCGUCGUGAUGAAGUUCCACAGCAUCAUCGGACACAAAGUGGAGGUGAAGAAGGCGCUCACCAAGCAGGAGAUGCAAGCUACCGGCGGUCGCGGCGGAAGGGGAGGCCGAGGAAUGGGCCGGGGAAGCGGGUAUGGCGGCGGAAGAGGUGGUUACUAUGGCGACUACGGCUAUCAGAACGGCGGAUACGGUACCGAAACCAGCUACGAAAGCCAAAGUGCUUACGGGGGAGGCUACGGUGACCAGAUGAGCAGCGGAUACGGCAACGGGAAUGGCUACAGUGACUUCGGCGAGGGUUAUGGACAGCAGGCUUCUGGCUACGGUGCCAUGAAAGCAGGCGGCUACUUUUCCGGCAGGAGCAGUGGGCCGUACCCACGCGGCGGUGGUGGAGGAGGUGGUGGUGGAUAUGGAAGAGGUGGCUAUGGUGGAUAUUAGAAGCACUAAUGUGACUCUAAGCUGUACGUCUUUUUUUAUUUUUACGUAAACUGUGUGGACACUGGACUAUUUGUUUGGUAUUGGGUUUAAAUUUGAGAAUUGCUCUGUGCCAUUACCAGUACCAGCAGACACGCGUUGUUCCUUUGUUUAGAUUUAAGUGGUCCUGUUUACCCAAGUCAAGCCUGUAUAACACCAUGUAGGCUUCUGUAUGAUCUGUUCUAGGUUUAUUGCCUGUCCAUCGGUAAAGAUGAAACUCAGGGGUAAUUAAAUUUUAAGCAGCUCACUUUAAUUUACAUGACCUCUUUUCUUUUGGUUUUUAAGUGUGAUUUAAGUUUUAAAGCCAUUACACCGUUCCUAUUGUACAACCUUUUUUUUAAAAGUAUAUUUAAUUUGAUCCAAAUGGCCAUAUAAGCCUUUUAACCAUUAAAAAAAAACUUUUUCAUAAACUUUG